AUGCAAUCCAUCUCUACCAUUGUCGUAGCCUUCGGGCUUCUCGCCUCGCGAGUCAUAGCCACGAUCGCCUUGGGCAACAAUGCCAAUAACAUCUUAAUGCGGAUCUACAGUGACAACUCAUGCAGUAGCGUUGUCAUCCCCAGCUCACCUGUUAAUGUAUGGAACGGUUUCAAUUGCAAGUACUGUCUUUCUACUGACAACUCCAAUCGCGGACGCACAGUACAUUUUACUAACGGUUCUAUAUACGUAGAUAUAGUCAGGGUUUACGGAACAGACACAUGA